AUGUUGAAGCAGAAGUUGCUUUCAAUGAAAGUAGAUGAAACAAAUAGAAAAACAAUAAUCUCUGGUAUUCUUGGAAAAGAGUAUGGCGGGACGAGAAUAAUGGGUCUUGUUGACAGUGAAACAGCUGAAGAAUUUGAGCAGAGGUAUGUUGAUAUGGAAAAAGAAUGGCCUGAAGGAUUUCAAAGUUGGAUGCAAACAACAAGGGGACGUGCACGAUCACUGAAAGAAACACUGAAACAAUGUAUGCUGAAACCAGUGCGUACUAAUGCAGGAUUAGGUGACCCACCGAACAAGUGGUCCAACCAAAGAACUGAAUCGAUGAACAAUGUAAUAAAAGAGGCAAAUCAGAAUCAAAUCAGUGAUCAGGUGCGUAUCCACGAAGUAAUAGAAAAUAAUGUAAUCAAGCAACAGGAAAAUGAAUACAUCAAGGCAAUUUACAAUACUGGAGAAUAUCGUUUAGCUCCAAAGUACAAAACAUAUUCUGUGAGUCCAUUGCAUUGGUCGCAAAAGACGGAGGAGCAAAGGAAACAACAUGUGAAGCGAGUUCUCGGAGGUCAUCUAAACAGAAAUUCUGAAGAAAGUCAACAACUAGUUACGAGGAAGUUAUCAGUAAAGCUGACAAAUUCCGGAAUCAGCACAAUCCCCCCUGGCCUUCUCAAUCAGAUAUGGCAUCAAGCUGAAAUAAUUUUGUCGCACCACCACAAAAUUGAUCUUAACAAUGGUGUCUUCCGUGUGACCGAACAUGGAACAAGUACAAAUGUCGUAACAAAGGAAGGCAUCGUUACCUGCCCCUGCAAAACCUCGAAAAGCACAGCUGGACUUUGCCAGCAUACACUUGCUGUAGCUGAAGAAAUGGGAAUGCUUUCUGGCUGUCUUACUAAGUUUAACUUGAAGAAAAACAAGGUUGGCAGGAUUGUUUCCGAGCAUGUACCGAGACGAGCUGGCGACAAGCCCAAAGAAAAGAAGAAGCGAAAGGGACUCAAUAAUAUUCCGACCGUACCGAUAGUUUCUGAAAAAAGAAAAGCUGACAAUGAUAUUGAUUUUGCCAAACCAAUGUCCUUUUCUGAAGUAUGGCAUAACAGUAACCUUUUUCACAUUGUGUUUACAAAAGAAAUUAGUAAACAAAACAUAAAAUGCGAGUACUGCAAAGUAGAAUUUGCACACGGUCCAAUUGUUUGCAUACCUCAUGAUAUCGCCAUCAUGCACAUGGAGAGAUAUUAUUAUCCAAAGAAAGAUGAAAAGGGGAAUGUUGUACGAAUGGAGCCUACUUGGAAGAAAGAGGCGGCAAAGUUUUACUGUAUACGUAAAACCUGUAUCUUACAAAGGCACCCAUAUUUCUGGAACUCAAUAUGCAUAUGCUGUGAAUCAUGA